GGUGCUAAAUGUGUAUGGCUGGAAUACAACUCAAAUUUUUGAGCCCAGAUCCUUAGACUUAAAGGCCUCCUAAAGGUUUAGCAGUGAAAAAUGGCCGAGAGUGUGUGUGUCGAUGGCAAACGUCAUUCAAAGUUAACUAGUCCACCAUUCGAUCAUAGUCCAAGUAUACAGCUAUAAUAGUCGAUUGUAGUUCGUGUGUAAAUAGACGUUUUAGCAUUAAAUAACGAAAAAUGUAACGAAAAUAAGAGAUCAACGUAGAAUUUCUGAGCCUCUGAUGCACACUGAGAUAACCUUACGUUGACGCAGUUCCAUUGAAUUGUGUUGUGACCAGGUAUUAAAACCGAGAAAACAAUCUGUUGCAUAGAAGUAUAAAACAUAAGAAGCAACAUUUAGCGCAAAUCUGUAAGUUCCGCCUGAAUAACCAAAGUUUCUUUAAAAUAACAGAUGUUAUUUUAACCUCACUUCCACCGAGAUCUAAUUGCUGACAUGCAAUCACUUGAGUUGAUUGAAAAAUUAUGAAACCUAAUAUUGGAAAUGAGGAGAAGAGCAGCGUAAAAUCAAAAAUAAUUAGAACGAAAAUUGAACUUGGUAAAAAUGAUUUCGUUGCUCAGAACAGGGAUGUUGGCGGGGAUCAAAAGAGACGUAUUGAUAAAAGAGUCUUUGCAACAGCAAUUGAACGCCAGCGUCAUAGAAAUUCAGGGCGUUGUAGAGGGGCAGGAAAAGCCUCAAGUCGAAAACUGCGAGGAGGCAAAUAUGCUGUGCUUCGUUAUAGAAGCAUUAUUUUUGCACGGGCUAAAAGACACCCUUCUGAAUCGUGUCACAGAGGCCUUGAGUGGCCCAGACUUUGACGCUAUGCCACAGCCAAGCUUUUGGGGACCUCUGCUUGUUUUAUCUCACAGACAAAUUAUAGAUCAAAUUCAAGGACUUACGCAAAUCACAACCGAGGUUGGCUACUGUAGAGCGUGGAUCCGUUUGGCCUUGAACGACGGACUCUUGUCCAGCUACUUUGCGUCAAUACGCAGAGACAAUUCCGUUCUGAAACCAUACUACAACCGUUCUGCCUUUUUGAGGGACCCUGACCUAGCUCACGUAGCUCAGAGACUGAUCGAAAGUAUCGAUCACAUCCCGUUUGAUCUCGCCUGCAAUACUAGUUUGUUGAACAUCUGGUCAAAUACGCCGUUGCUCAUGGCUGCCAUUUGGUCCCCCACAUUAAAGUCUUGUCCAGUUUCUUCGGCAGUUGACAUAGCCAAGACUAUCAAUAGCGAGCGUACCCAGGCUAGCAACUUCGACAGCGUUGAAACUACAAGCCUCAGAGGAAGUCACGGUUCGCUUAACAAGUUUGGUGUUAUGAGCGAAGACGAGUUGCGUAAGAUUAAACUGGGAAAAGGAAAGCGUUUUAAGUCCGUUGUUCAAACAUCGAAUACCAUGGUUCAGGCAAAAGAGCCAAGCGAAAAGGCUAGUGAAGAAGAAGAAGACGAAGAAGAAAAAGAACAAGAAGUUGUGGUAGGGAGAAAAAUUGAAAGUGGGAUAACAUUAGAUUCCGGAAUUGAUACUGAGCGUGAAAAUGGAAGCAGAGAGGACUUACGGGAAGAUGAAGAGGCUGUGAAACCUGAACCAGCAAAUGAUGCUGCUGCUACGGCAGGCGGCAAUUCUUUGAUCGGUCGAUUAGGCUGGUCUACUUCCAUUGAGGACUGUGAGUCUUCGCUAACUACUUCCGCAAUAUCAGGAAGCUCCGACCUUGAAGCUACUCAAACUCCCGCGGAUGCUCGGCCUUAUGAUGCUUUGAUACAGAGCUACGAAGAGGCAGGCUACGCAGCCACUGCAGACUCCAGAGAGUUUCCCAAUGAUUGUCUGAUUAGAGUAUCGGAACAGGAUUUUUCAGGUGUGAAGCCAAAGUCGUUGGAAGAGACCAAGGAAGCUGACUUGCAGUCGCUUAAUCAUCAGCUGGGGAAAUUGAGUUGUGAAAAGGGACUGGACACGCAGAAUUACAGUUGCAUGAACUGCGACCAUCCGAUAGGCAUGUCCUUUUCUAGGGCAUGGGUUUGCGGAUUCACAGGGGAGUAUUACUGCACCGAUUGCAUGGCAGAAGAAGAGUUCCUGAUUCCAUCGCGUGUUAUUCACAACUGGGAUCUCAAACGAUAUCCAGUUUCCCAAAAAGCUGCUCGAUACUUGAAUGACUGUCCUGCUCUACUCGACCUCAAGGUGAUCAAUCCUAGGAUAUACAUGGUGGUAGACGACAUGGCCCAGCUGCAGUCCCUUAGAAUUCAAUUAAACCUGCUCCGUGCCUACCUCUUCACGUGUCGCGAGCCAGUCAUCGAAUCUCUCCAAAAAAAGGUCACGCCGAGAGAUUACUUGUACGAACAUGUUCAUCAGUACUCGGUUUCUGACCUGGCAGACAUACCAAAUGGCAUAAUGGCUCAACAGCUUCAGAAGGUCGUUGAAUUUGCCAGGAAUCAUGUAACCAACUGUUGGCUCUGCAGUCAGAAAGGAUUUAUAUGCGAAGUCUGUGACAACCCAAAAGUAAUAUACCCAUUCGACAUGAGCUCAACUUACAGAUGCGCUGCCUGCAAUGCUGUGUUUCACAUUGACUGCAUGAACGCGAGUCAUCCUUGCCCAAAGUGUGAGCGAAGACGGAAACGCAUGGACCUUCCGCUCCUAGACUUGGGAAGUACAGACAUGCAGGCUGUGUCUGAUACACCUGGAGUAAUGGCUUCAAGUUAAUUUCGUAUUAAAAACUCACUGCUUUUUUUUUUAUAUAUAUACUGACUAUUGUAUAAGAAAAAGAAUCAAGGAAAUGGGUGUUUCAGGAUAUUUAGAAUUUUAUAAAUUUUAUAUUCUUAUGUGCUAAUGUCGUACCUUGUUGAAAGAGAAUUAUUCUUACUGUUAUAACUGAAAAAUUAUUAGUUUUUUAAUUUACUUAUUUAUUGUCCAUUAUCAGAAUAAAAUAUAUAUAUAUAUAUACUAUAUAUAUAUAUAUAUAUAGUAUUUUAAUAAUAGCGAAUAAUUUUAUUUUGUAAA